AUCAUUGGUCAAUGAAGAGACGUCAUCCUAAUCUUUUGACGGCGUUGCGCAAAUUAUAAUUUUUGACUCUCACUCAUCGCGGCUGCCAUGUUUUUUUUCAUACGGGGUGUGUGUGUAUAGAAAUUAUCAUGAUAAUUUCCCCAUAUAAACUACUACGGAAGUAAAGGGGUGCACGAAGUGCGUCAUUCGUUGAUCGCUAGUGACAAUGCGAUUGUACAAAGUUUGUUAGAAUAGAAGACCGCUGCCUUGUACAAAACUACCAAACACUAGCAAAGAAUAGGCCAAAGAAAUAAGCAUGUAUUAUUAGUAAGGCGGCAUUUCGAGGAUCGAUACUAUCACACGGCCCAAGGCGAUUGAAAAAUGGACACUCGAUUUCUGAGCAAGAUGAUUGAAUUCUAUGGCGAUUUAGAUUACUUUUGGCAGGAUGCGUAAAAACAAAAGAGGGAGCCAGGCCUACGCCUGCUGGCCUGCUACGUCAAAAGAAUUGCACCUCAUCCCACAUUCCAUCUGAUAUUGCACAGAUUUUACAGAGGAUAUGCAGUGCUCAGUAAUUCUGGAAAGGGGCUGUAACAGUGGGAACGUUAAAAUGAAGACAUUAAAUGGUUUUAAGAAUCCUUACAAAAAGGAGUCCAGUCUGGACAAUAUUGUUGAUCAGCUGUGCACAAGACUUCAAGACAUUAAAGAUCAAGAAAGUGCGUCACUGAUAGGGAUGCCCACGUGUUCUUUGGAACAAACAGAGGCUGUCCGUCGAUAUUACGCUGCAUUCCCGGCUCUAAAGAAAGCACAAGAGUCGACAUUGCAGUAUUAUUUGCCACCUCCAGCUUGGUGUCGUAAGUCAAACGCAGAUACGAAAGUCAAAAUGCAGAGUGAACUAGCAAUAUCAAAGGAUUGGAAUUGUAAAAACAAAAAAUAUUGUACUGGCAAAGAACGGCGGAACUCAUACCACGGCCAAAAGAAAAACAGCAGAAAACGUUACAACAGUUACAGUAGAUCUUUUGAUAACAAGGAAAGCAUGCCCGAGUGGAUGACGCAUGAGGGGGUUUGGGAUAUCGAAACCCAGGAUCCCGUAAAGGAGUUCAUAAGAGCGAUAGCUUUGGAUGAGGGUUACGGCACUUGCGAGAACACAGUAACAGAUGAAAUUAAAGAAAUCACACAAGCAAAGAUUAGGUUGAAUGAAAAUAUGGUGCCCGAUUGGGACGAUACUCUGGAUCUUGAUGCAGAGUGGGUCAUUACGGACGAUCUGAUUCCACGGGCAAGAAGCCCAAUGGAGGAGGAGCUCUAUGCUAAAUUUGAAGCUAAGUUUGAUCGUAGCAUUGAGGCCCUGUGGUCCAAAGAUCAAAACACCCCAGAUGAUGAAUAUCAAGAUCUGCCAAUUGAUUUCCAAGAUCUGCUUUCAUCACCAUCCGACCACCUGUUUGCCGAUCCGUCCGCUGAAAAGAGUAGCCUGAAUUUAACAGAGAGCAUAUGGUCGACCAGUAUCGCAGUCACUCAGCCGAAGCGCAAUGAUUCGCCUUCCAAAAUAGCAGAAGGUCUGCACGACCGUUUGCGCCCACUCAACAUAGGCGAGCCGCGCGAGAUCGAGUCUUUCGCUCUGUACGAGGGAGACGAGCUCUACGACGCGCUGUCGACCGUCGCCAAGACCAUGCGCUCCUUCACCGCUAUCAACCACAGCCGCGACCGCAGUGGCUUUGUCGAAGUUCCGCCUCGCACCAAGCGCGCCGGCCGCCCCGCCCCCGCCCCCAUUACUGUAGUUAGGAAACUAUAG